UUACUUCAGUGCGAGGUGUCGUUUUAACUUAUAGUGAACAUGGAAUUGAUUUUACCUGAUACAGUUUUAGAAAGUUGUGUUUGCAAUUUUUGCGAUAAAUUUUUAAGUGUACAGCCAGUUAAAAUUUAUAAAAAUCAUACAAUAAAAUGUGGAAGGUGUUCAAAAAAAGAUGAUAAUGGUACUAAAUCUAUUUACAAUAUUAUUGCAGCAAAUGGAAUAUUUAAAUGCAUCAAUAGAUUCGAGGGCUGCAGAAAAAUGUUGCGUCAUUAUGAAGUGUUAGAGCACGAAAAACAAUGUCUUGGUAAUACUAUUUGUUGUCCACUUUGUCCAGGAUUGUGUGGAUUACGGAUAUUUUGGAUGAUUUUUCAUUUCAAAAAAUGCCAUAUUGAUAAGUAUUUAAAAAAGCCAUGCUUUACAAUAAACAGAGAUAAAAUCAAUAACACUUAUCUAUUUAGAAAAGAUGAUAAUUUGUUUUUUAUAUCAUACAAGAUUCAAGACAAUGGAGAUAUUUACUUAAAAGGAUGUAAUAUAAAUCCGUCAAAUGUACAGACAAGUAUGAGUUUUUUUCUUCUAACCAAAUCUAGUAUAAUAGAAGCUAGAAAAUUAAAUUUAAGUGACAACAAAAACGAAUUUCGUAUUAAGAAAAAAGAUAUUCUGGAAACUACCGAUAUGAGGAUAAAAUUUGAAAUAGAAACGUUGCCACAUUUUUUCGUCCUAUCAAAUUCUUCUGUUCCAACCAUGGAGGCAGAAAAUCAAGUGAAAAGAAUUUUAGAAAACUUUCAACGUUUUACAAAGUUUUACUAUAAUCAGGAUAUUACAUUUCCCCGGAAAAUUACAAUGACCUCUGGACAUCAAGAAGAAACACAAUUUUUAAUGAGUCAUGAUCGAACUUACAUCAUAAAAAAAUGUGGAAGUGAAACGUAUAAUAUUUUUCUUGAAUGUUGUAAUUGCGUGAAUAUAUUUUUACCACCAACUACUUUAUUAAACGGUUUCUUUGUAAAAAUCAAAAACUACUUUUUUAAUAUUUGCAGUAAUUGUUUUCAGUAUUUGUAUUCAAAAAAUAAAAUGAUCACUUAUGUAUCGUUUCAAUCAGUUUUGGAAAAUAUAAAUACUUUUUUCUUUGACUGUAGUUGGAACUGCGGCAAAAAAUUUCCAUUAACCCAAUUACAUGUACAUGAAUUUUUUGUAGUCUGUCCUAUAGAAAAUUGUUGGAAAAUAAUUUCAAAAAAUGAGUUUGGAAACCAUUUUAAAAAUGUUCAUUCUCUUACUUUAGCAUCAAAUGCAUAUUUCAUAUCUCUCAAUGAUAAUUUUAAUUCAAUCACAUGGUUAUCAUUAAUGACAUGUUUUGUAAAGUUAAGUUGUAUACAAUUUACAGACCAUAUAACAUUGUUAAUGAAUGUGCAUUACUCUUAUAAUGUAACUAAUGUUCGAGUAAAAGGAAUCGUAUUUGAUGAACAAAAAAAAGUAGUUGGUGAAUUAGAAGACGGCCAGAUUUUACAUGUUUUAACUAAUUCUUCAACUAGAAUUAAGUGUCAUUUUUCUUAUUAUUGGGACGAAUAGAUCAUGUAUUGGAAUAUUUGGAUGUGGUUUGAGAUGGGUAUUUACUUGGCAUUAGGGCAAGGGUUAUGGUAGAGCCCACUUUUAAAUUUGAUUUUCGCAAAAAAUAUGUGCGUGUAGAUAAAGGUUAAAUCUGUGCUAAAUUAAAGACACUUUUUUAAAAUUUUAUAUACAAAAAUACAAAUUUCGCCUCAAUUUAUCAAUAAAAUGAAAUUGAAUUUAAAAAAAAAACUGGUUCCAGAAGACCACUGAUUUAACCUUUACCUACACCUAAAUAUUUUAGAUUUGUAGGAAAAUAUUAUUUGUAAAUAAAAAUAAUUUAUAUUAUCUUUUUUUGAUGUUAUAAGCAAUACAAAUAAAUUUUACGUAUAAUUAAAACUUAUUUUUAAUUGUUUUUAUUUUUUCAUAAAUAAAUUAUGUAAUACUAAGAUUAAUAUUUAGUGUAGCCAAGAGUUUCAUUGUACACCAUUUUUAAGAAAUUUUAUUUUUAGUUCAAGAAUAAAUCUGUAUUUUCUCUGUGCGUGACAGCAGCGCCAACUAAUUUAUGAACUAACGGACCAUAUUUGCGUAUUAUACUGACAAUAUAAUUUUUUAUAGAAUUUGUAAAUAAAG